GUCACUGAUUGAGCACUUGAGCCGAGGAGCGCAUAUUGCGUCGUGAAACGCACCUUGCGUUCGAAACGUAGUUCUUAUUGCGUCUAACCAAUUGAAAAACACCAAAAGGUCACAUGACUCAGUACAAACUCGCGUCCGAACUGCCACUGUUUUGAAAUGGUUAUGCUAAAAGGAAUACCAUCAAUACUUACACCUCAAUUAUUGUAUGUUUUGGCGCAAAUGGGUCAUGGAGAUGAACUAGGUGUGAGUAUACCAGAACUGUUGCAAGCAAUAUUGAAGCUUUUUCCUCUUGAUACCUAUGAUGAUUCGGCAGCUGUCAUGGACCUUGUGCAGAGUGACAAAUUGAAGGGACUGAAAGUACCUGUAUGGGACCAGUACUCUGAGCUCCUGAAACAAGCAGGAUCAGAUGGUAGCUUCAAGUUAGUUGAGCGGUUUGCUUUUUAUGAGCGUGCCAAGAAUGCUUUUGCUGUAGUGGCAACAGGGGAGACUGCACUGUAUGGAAAUCUCAUCAUAAAGAAAGGAGUAAUCACGUCUGGUGAACAAUGCUGAAAGAGGAACUGUUUUUCAGUACAAGAGUUAGGACACCAAAAAUUCCUAUAGAUAAUACACACAUACAAAUAUUUUAAAAAGUUAUUGUGUAUUUUAUUAUAAAAGAAUGUGUGGUAACACAUUACAAUAAUGUUUCAUUCGUUAACAUUAAUUAAUGCACAAGGCAUCAUGAACUAGUGAACGAUAUAUUUUUUUACAGCAUUUAUUAAUCUUAGUUAAUUCAUAAAUAUACAAUUGUUCAUUGUUAGUUCAUAGUGCAUUAACU